AUGCGAGUGCUCUGUUUGAAGCACUCCUUUUCUGGGAGCUUCCUUGAGUCUAAUGGAGCACCCCAGACAGUAUUAGUCUUCCUUUUGCUUCCAUGUUGCUUGACUGGGGAUUUUAGAGCACCUCCACUUAUUCCUAACGUGCCUUUCCUUUGGGUCUGGAAUGCCCCAACUGAAUCUUGUCUCACAAAAUUUAAUGAGCCACUUGAUCUUAGUUUGUUUUCUUUAGUAGGAAGCCCCAAAAAAUCUGCCACGGGUCAGCCUAUCACAAUAUUUUAUACUGAUCGACUUGGCUUCUAUCCUCAUAUAGAUGAUUCAAAUAAAAGUAUUCAUGGAGGGGUACCCCAGUUGGGAUCUCUAAAAAGUCAUUUGGAAAAAGCUAGGGAUGACAUCCAGUAUUACAUGCCAAUAGACAACGUGGGCUUGGCUGUCAUUGACUGGGAAGACUGGAGACCCACCUGGUCAAGAAACUGGAAACCCAAGGAUAUUUACAAGCAUAAGUCUAUUGAAUUAGUCAAGCAACAAAACAAACAACUUAAUAUAACAGAAGCUACCAGGAGGGCCAAAAAAGAUUUUGAACAGGCAGCAAGAAGUUUUAUGGAAGGGACUUUAAAAUUGGGGAAAUCACUUCGGCCAAAUCACUUAUGGGGUUUUUAUCUUUUUCCCGAUUGUUACAACAAUAAAUUUCAUGACUUGAAUUAUAACGGAGAGUGCCCUGAUACAGAAAAGAGAAGAAAUGAUGGUCUGUUCUGGAUAUGGAAGCAAAGCACAGCCCUUUACCCAUCUAUCUAUUUGAAGACUGGUUUGAAGUCAUCUCAGCAGGCAGUGCUCUAUGUCAGAAAUCGUGUGCAAGAGGCCAUUAGGGUAUCUAAAGCAAAGGACCCUCAGAGCCCAGUUCCCAUUUUUGUAUAUUCUCGAAUUGUGUUUGGUGAUCUAACUUAUCGGUUCCUGAGUCAGAAAGACCUUGUGAAUACAAUUGGUGAAACCGUUGCUCUGGGUGCCUCUGGAAUGGUAAUGUGGGGAACUCUUGGUUUAGUACGAAGUAUGAAAUCUUGUCUGAACUUACAUGAUUACUUGGAGAACACAUUGAAUCCUUACUUAAUCAACGUCACCCUUGCAGCCAAAAUGUGUAGCCAAACACUUUGCCAAGAUCAAGGCAUAUGUUCGAGGAAAGACUGGAAUUCAGAUAACUAUCUUCACUUGAGCCCCAAAAAUUUUCAGAUUCAAUUUGUGAGAAGCGGAAAAUAUGAAAUCCGUGGCAAUCCCACCCUUGACGACCUACAAUACUUUUCCAAAAACUUCCGUUGCAGCUGCUACUCCAACUUGAACUGCAAGGAGAGAGAUGACCUGGAAAGUGUGAGCACCGUCAGUGUGUGUGCUGUUGAAACUGCUUGCAUUAAUUCCUUUGUAAUUUCAGCACCCAGUGCUCUACCUGUGAACUGGAAACGCCCUUCUUUUGCUAAUAGCACUCUGUCAGAUAUUACAUCAUCUGCCACAGGAGGUCCGAGUGUGCCAAGGAAAGACUUUAGUGGAUAUCUCUUUGUUCUCUCUAUUUAUUCACAGCAUUUGAAAUCUUUGCUAUAG